CAUCAUGUAUAUGUAUAUAUAUGUUUCAUAUUUUAUUAUCUUUAAAAAAACAUUUCAUUAAAAAGAACAUCACAUAAAUUUCUCAACUACAUAUCAACCACACUCAUUUAAAUCUUUAGACCCACCGGCCACAGAUAUAGUAUUUAUUUGUACACCUUUUUUUUAUUCAUUCAACUACACGGCUAACAAUUUAGUACUAAUAUUAUUAUUAUUAUUGUUAUUCAAACAUAAUGUUCAUUCAUCAUCUUUUCAUCACAUUUCUUGUAAUAGCAUUACCACCAUCUUUUGCUAUAUCAAAUUGUGAUCGUGUUUGCAAAGGAAACAAUCAAAAAACCGCGGUACCUUACCCGUUUGGAUUCUCAGACGGGUGCAAUAUUCGUCUCGAGUGUACAAAAGCGGGCGAAAUUCAUAUAUCAAAAUACCAGGUUUCUAAUAUAACAAGUGACCAUAUACUUGUUUUUUUUCCAGCAAACUGCACGCGUCCAUAUCAAGAAAUACGUCGAUUUAGAAGUGAAAGCUAUGCUAUAACAUCGCGAAAUGAGUUAAUCUUGAGAAAUUGUAGUCGUGGCACGUCAAAUGAGUGUUUAUUGUCAACUAGUAUGGUUCAAAGUCAGUUUAAUUUACCAACGUGUGAUAUAAUGGGUAAUACAAAUAUAAGCUGUUAUAAUUCGGAUAAUGGUAAUAUUUCUCAUGCUGACGUGGAGUUUAUGAAUACAGUUGAAUUAGAAAUGAAAGGUUGUCGGGUUUUGUAUUCUUCGAUUGUUAUUGAUUUGGAUAAGGAGAAGAGGUCGUUAGUGACAAUGGGGUUUCAAGCUAUGGAGUUGGGGUGGUGGAUGCAAGGGGAUUGUAGUUGUCAUCAUAAGGCGGUUUGUAAGAAUGUGUCGAUUGAUAAUGCGAGAGUUGGGUAUCGAUGUAAUUGUGUUGAUGGAUAUGAUGGAGAUGGAUUCGUCGCUGGAAAUGGUUGCCGGAAAGUGUCAAAUUGCAACUUUUCAAAAUACAUGUCUGGUGAAUGUGGUGGAACUACAAGAGUAGUUGUGCUAAUCGCAGGAAUUAUUGCUGGAGCUUCUUUUGUUGCCACUAUCACACUUAUAUGUUACUGCAUCAGAAAACGAAUGAUCUUAAGAAACCAAAUGAGUGCAAAACGUCUGCUUUCAGAAGCUACAGGUAGCUUUAAUGUACCAUCUUACUCCUACAAAGAAAUCGAGAGGGCUACAAAUGGUUUCUCUGAGAAACAAAUGUUAGGUACAGGAGCCUAUGGCACAGUUUAUGCCGGUAAACUUAACAAUUGCGACUGGGUUGCAAUUAAAAAGAUUAGACAAAUAGAAGCACACGGAAUGGAUCAAGUAAUGAAUGAAAUCAAGCUUCUGUCUUCUGUAAGCCACCCAAAUCUUGUACGCCUUUUAGGCUUUUGUAUUGAAAAAGGCGAGCAAAUCCUUGUUUAUGAGUUCAUGCCAAACGGGACGCUAUCUCAACAUCUACAACGAGAAAGAGGAAAAGGUCUUCCAUGGACCAUAAGGUUGGCCAUUGCAACCGAAACUGCACAAGCUAUUGCUUAUCUUCACUCUGCGAUGAAUCCACCUAUCUAUCAUAGAGAUAUAAAAUCUAGCAAUAUACUUCUAGAUCACAAAUAUCGUUCAAAAGUUGCAGAUUUUGGUCUUUCUAGGCUUGGGAUGCUUGAUGAGUCACACAUCUCGACUGCACCUCAAGGGACGCCUGGCUACGUGGACCCACAGUACCAUCAAAAUUUCCAUCUCUCUGAUAAAAGUGAUGUUUAUAGCUUUGGGGUGGUACUUGUAGAGAUAAUCACAGCUCUAAAGGUGGUUGACUUGUCUAGGCGUAAUAGUGAAGUCAACUUGGCUGCUCUUGCCAUAGACAAGAUUGGAAAAGGUCACAUAGAUGAAAUGAUAGAUCCAUUUUUGGAGCCAAACAGAGAUGCAUGGACAAUUUCGUCGAUUCACAAAGUGGCUGAACUGGCAUUUAGAUGUUUGGCUUUUCAUGGGGAUGUAAGGCCUUCAAUGAUGGAAGUUGCAGAUGAGUUGGACCAAAUUAAACAAAGAGCUUGGUCUCAGUGUGAUGAUAAUAUUAGCAAGAGAUCAUUUUCGGUUGCAUCCUCUUCCUCAUCACUGUAUAGUGGAGGUGAGAAGAAAGGAAGCCGAAGAUUCGUUGUUCCCCAAAUGAUAACAAGUUGUUUGACUACAAGAAAAGAUAAAGAUACUUCCCAGGUUUCUGUUGAAGCUUCAUGCUUAAGUGAUCAGAGCUCCCCCUCAACCAACAGUUUGUUAGGCAACAUUGUUUCUUGAACUCUAAUGGCCAUUAUGUGUUUACAAAAUGUGAGUAAGCAUGACUGAUGUUGUGAAUAUCAGCAUCUGACCGUCCCUCUCGUGAACAUAAAAAAAGAGAGUAAUAUCAUGCGUUUUUAUGCUAAUACACUUGGGUCGUUUGUACGUUGGUUCAAUCUUAUUUGAAACACAUUGGUAAGAUCAUUGGAUCCUAGGAAAGAAACAGCAGACUUAGUUAUAAAGGUACAAAAAGGACCAAUGAAAAUCGUUAUUUUCAACACAAGGCCCUCAUGGUACAAUAUAUCGAUGAAACCAAAGUUUUGGUGAACUUCUUGUCCUAUAAAUUGAUCAGAAACAGUUAAAGGUGGCUAACAAAAUAACUACAGGAGUGUGCAGCAAUGUGUUAUAGGGUGGAGUGCAAGAAGUGUGGGAAAUACGGGUGGGGAGGUUGUGGGAAACAUUUGAAAACUCUUUAUGGGAGCAUAGAUGAGGGUAAGCAUUGUAUGUGUCGUCCCUGGCCUGGGGUUGUAGUUGCUUCAUCCUACCAGGCUUCUACCAGCACUACCACUGCUAAUACUACAUCUUCUGCAGGAUAGGUUGAUCAUGGAAGCUGUUUGAUAGGAAUGAAAUGUCAUGACUGAAGGAUUUACCAUUUUUUAAACUUAAUUACAUCUGACAAUAAUAAUAAUAAAAAUUAUGGUUGUGAGUCUAUAGUCUAGUCUUGUUUUGGUGGACAAUGGUAUCGAUUUCAUCUUUGGUGGGUCAUGGACUCAUGGGUCACUAAUCCACAGGAUUUAUACAAUGUGUCCUCCCCACGUAAACCAGGUCAAUCUUCCUCGUUUAAGGCGGAUAUGGCUCCUAUGAUAUGAGGAAGGCAUAGUAGACCUCGGCAAAUGCAUAAAUAUCAUCUUUGUACGCUUUCAUUCAUAUAUGUAUCCAUUUAAGGGACAUAAUGCGAAUCAAACUUUAUCCGAGUUUUUCAUCAAA